AUUUAACUCUUUGGGAUUUCAGCAGACACAGGAGGGUGGGAGUGUCGUUCUGGAAGAACAAAAUUUGCAGGUGCGAACGAGUCCAGGGGAGGUAACCCUGUCGCUGCUGGUGGAACGCCUCAUUUCCAGGUCCUUUGCACGGGCCCCGCUGUGAAAUGAACCAAGCGCGGACGGGUCAGACACUUCCUUCCUUCCCUCAUUGACACUCUGGGCCCAGCGAUUGUUCCACUGUUGUUCUAAUUGUGUCCCACCCUCCUCUUGCCAAAGCAAACAGCCAGAACUGGAGUAGGUGUUCCUUAGGCGUGUCUGCCAGCCUGAACAUGAACACAGGCAAAGCUGAGGACAACCCGCGUUCCCGUGGGACGUGGGGCCCCGCAGGGCCCAGCCCCCAGGAGUAGGUCCUCUCAUGAUGUUGGCGUCUGGGAGUAGCCAACCAUGCCCAUCACCCAGGACAAUGCUGGGCUGCACCUGCCCCUCCUCUACCAGUGGCUGCAGAACAGCCUGCGGGAGGGCGGGGCUGGGCCGGAGCAGCGCCUCUGCCAGGCGGCCAUCCGGAAGCUGCAGGAGUACAUCCAGCUGACCUUUGCUGUGGACGAGAGCGCGGUCCCACCUGACCACAGCCCCCCGGGGAUGGAGAUCUGUACUGUGUACCUCGCCAAGGAGCUGGGGGACGCAGAGACCGUGGGCCUCAGUUUUGGGAACAUCCCUGUUUUCGGGGACUACGGAGAAAAGCGCAGAGGGGGCAAGAAGAGGAAAACCCACCAGGGCCCCGUGCUGGAUGUGGGCUGCAUCUGGGUGACAGAGCUGAGGAAAAACAGCCCGGCAGGGAAGAGUGGGAAAGUUCGGCUGCGGGAUGAGGUCCUCUCCCUGAAUGGGCAGCUGAUGGUCGGAGUUGAUGUCACUGGGGCCAGUUACCUGGCUGAGCAGUGCUGGAAUGGCGGCUUCAUCUACCUGAUCAUGCUGCGCCGCUUCAAGCACCAAGUCCAUUCUCCUUAUAACGGCAACAGUAGCAACAGCUCCGAACAAGGAGAGACGCCUACCUUGGAGCUGGGGGACCGAACUGUGAAAAAGGGGAAAAGAGCAAGAAAGUUUGGGGUCAUUGCCAGGCCUUCUACCCACAAAGCCACCGAAGAAUCCAAGAGCAGCACUGGCUGUGAGUUGGACAGUGACCCUGUAUCUGAACUAGACAAUGGUCUGGACCCUGAACUGGGAAACGGUCAUGUUUUUGAGCUAGAAAAUGGCCCAGAUUCGCUCAAGGAGGUGGCUGGAUCCCAUCUAGAGAGGUCGGAAUUAGACAAAGGGACAGAGCCUAGGAUUGCAAAGACGGACGCCCCUCUGCCCACAAGCAAUGACAGACGCCGCUUCUCAAAAUCCGGGAAGACAGACUUCCAAUCCAGCGACUGCCUGGCACGGGAGGAAGUUGGCCGGAUAUGGAAGAUGGAGCUGCUUAAAGAAUCGGAUGGGCUGGGAAUUCAGGUUAGUGGAGGCCGAGGAUCAAAGCGCUCACCUCACGCUAUCGUUGUCACCCAAGUGAAGGAAGGAGGUGCCGCUCACAGGGAUGGCAGACUGUCCUUAGGAGAUGAGCUGCUGGUAAUCAAUGGUCACUUACUAGUCGGGCUCUCCCACGAGGAAGCUGUGGCCAUCCUUCGCUCAGCCACCGGAGUGGUUCAGCUGGUGGUGGCCAGCAAGGAAAGCUCUGCAGAGGACCUCCUCAGGCUAACAUCUAAGAGUUUGCCUGAUCUGACCAGUUCGGUAGAGGACGUGUCCUCUUGGACCGACAACGAAGACCAGGAGCCGGACGGGGACGAGGACGUAGGAACCGGAUCGUCUUCCGUCCAGGGAGCAAUGCCUGGGACAGAGGACCCCCAAGAUGCAUGCGGCCCCGAGGAAUCCAAGGGGUCCUUGGAAAGUCCGAAACAAGGAAGCAGUAAAAUGAAGCUCAAGAGUCGUCUUUCAGGGGGUGUGCGCCGUCUAGAGUCUGUUGAAGAAUACAAUGAGCUGAUGCUGAGAAAUGGGGACCCCCGGGUCAGGAUGUUGGAGGUCUCCCGAGAUGGCCGGAAGCACUCUCUCCCCCAGCUCCUGGACUCGACGAGCACAGCACAGGAAUACCACAUUGUGAAGAAGUCCACUCGCUCGCUAAGCACUACUCAGGUGGAAUCUCCUUGGAGACUCAUUCGGCCAUCGGUCAUCUCUAUCAUUGGGCUGUACAAAGAAAAAGGCAAGGGCCUUGGCUUUAGCAUUGCUGGAGGUCGAGACUGCAUUCGAGGACAGAUGGGGAUAUUUGUCAAGACCAUUUUCCCAAAUGGAUCAGCUGCAGAGGAUGGAAGACUUAAAGAAGGGGAUGAAAUCCUAGAUGUAAAUGGAAUACCAAUCAAGGGCUUGACAUUUCAAGAAGCCAUUCAUACCUUUAAGCAAAUCCGGAGUGGAUUAUUUGUCUUAACGGUACGCACCAAGUUACUGAGCCCGAGCCUUACACCCUGCUCCACACCCACGCACAUGAGCAGAUCCAGCUCCCCAAACUUCAACGCCAGUGGGGGAACCUCAUUGGUGGGUGCCGAUGAAGGCGGUUCGUCGUCCCAGGGACGAAAGGCCCCGGGGCCAAAGGACAGAAUUGUCAUGGAAGUAACCCUCAACAAAGAGCCCAGAGUUGGAUUAGGCAUUGGUGCCUGCUGCCUGGCCCUAGAAAACAGCCCUCCGGGCAUCUACAUUCACAGCCUUGCCCCUGGAUCAGUGGCCAAGAUGGAGAGCAAUCUGAGCCGCGGAGAUCAAAUCCUGGAAGUGAACUCAGUCAACGUCCGCCAUGCUGCUUUGAGCAAAGUCCACUCCAUCUUGAGCAAAUGCCCCCCAGGACCCGUUCGCCUGGUCAUCGGCCGGCACCCUAAUCCAAAGGUUUCCGAGCAGGAAAUGGAUGAAGUGAUAGCACGCAGCACUUAUCAGGAGAGCAAAGAGGCCAAUUCCUCUCCUGGCUUAGGUACCCCCUUGAAGAGUCCUUCUCUUGCAAAAAAGGACUCCCUGACCUCUGAAUCUGAACUCUCCCAGUACUUUGCCCACGAUGUCCCAGGCCCGCUGUCUGACUUCGUGGUGGCCGGCUCCGAGGAUGAGGAUCCCCCUGGAAGUGGCUGCAGCAGCUCCGCGGAGCUGCCUGGCGCCUCCCCUCACAAGGAACCAGGAAAAGCCAGGGCCAACAGCCUUGUGUCUCUAGGAAGUCAGCGGGCCUCUGGGCUCUUCCACAAGCAGGUGACAAUUGCCAGGCAAGCCAGUCUUCCCGGGAGCCCACAGGUCCUCCGAAACCCUCUCCUCCGCCAGAGGAGGGUGUGCUGCUACGAUGACGACGCCAGCGAUGAGGCAGAGUUUGAUGGCGAAGGGGACUGCAUUUCCCUCCCAGGGACCCUCUCAGGUCCCAGCAGGCCUCUGACAGAGGACGACUCUACAUGCGUCUCAGCGGCCUCGUCCAAGGUCACGGGUAUCAACCAAGAGGAACAUCCCCGGAAAACCCUAGUCAGCAAGGCCUCCUCGGUGCCUCUCCUUGGCGGCUCGCUGGACUUACAGGAGAGUGUCCCAGGAGGCGUGGGGGACACCCUGUUACAUGCAGCCCACCCGCUGGUCCCUUCAGAGGCCCCCGAGGGUAGCCCUGGCUGCCUGGGGAGGAAGGACCUGUCAGGAUCGAGGAGUCCACCCAAGUUGGAGUGCAAAGCCGGAUCAGGCACCCAGAGUCCGGCGAGCACGGACAGCCCCGGUUCCCUCCAGCAGAAGAAUGACAACCUGGGGUCCAGGCACAAACCAGUGGCCAGGGUCAGCCCACACCACAAGAGGCCCGAGGCUGAGGCCAGGCCCAGGAGCCCAGAAACAGCCAACCUGACCGAUGGAGCCAGUGACCCAUGUGGUCUGGACGUGAAAGUCCAGGCCACUUGCGUCAAAGGGGCUGCGACUGGUAAUCAGCCAGGAGGAACUGUGGAGAAGGACUCUCUGGGCAAGCUGACCAUUGGGGAUGGACGAGUCCCCACCGACGGGGGGCCAGCUGGUACCCUGCCCCACCCAGAUGCUGGCCACCCCACAGAGAAGCCGCCUGAAGCUGCAUCCGAGCAGGGGCAAGAACCCGGGACAGGACCCCACGGCUCCCCAGGCCCCCUCCCUUCCCCAGGGCAGAAGGGGGCGGUGCACCCUGACCCCAGCAAGAGCUCAGCGCACACAGGGCCAGCGAGGCGACCCGAGGACCCCGGAGAGACAGAGUCACCCAGGGUGCCUGCGUCUGAGGACAGUGCAUCCCCGGGGACGAUGGCUACAGCUCAUCCUGACCUCAGCGAGACCGGAGCGGCCCCAGAAGCCAGCACGCCCCGCGCCACCCGGAAGGCCGCUGCCCACAGCGGAGCGGGACCCGCGGCCGAGGGGGCAUCUCCGGCCACUGCCGUGCUGUCACGAGACCUCACGACCCUGGAGAAGAGACAGGGGGUUCCGGGUCACCACAGCGGGGCUCUGCAAACCACGGGGACCCUCGUCCCUGGAAGCUGCCGGGGGUCGGCUCUGCCCCAAGGAACAGACUCCGGGUCUGCGAGGGCGCUGCGGGCCAGCCCCUCCCUGCCGGCACCGGGCGACAAGGCCCCGGAGGGCUGUGGCGGUGCCUCGGGGCCCGGCCGCCCCGGGGGGAGCCCCGUGACUGACAUCGACAGGCUCCUGGAGGAGCUGGAUGCUCCUGGAGCAAGGCUUCCGCCUCCCGGGAGGGGGGACCCGCCGAGCCGGGAGCGCGCUGCUCCGGGGCCCCAGCGGGCCGAGCCGGACCCGGACGCGGGGAGCCAGGCCCCCGGCCCGAGGAGGCCCGCGGCUGCCGGUCCGGCCCCUUGCCCCCAGUGGGCCCACCAGCCUUCGGUUUGGGAUUCCAUCAAUCCCGACAGACAUCUUACUGUGAACAAGAGCUUUCUGAGCAGCUACUCUAGAAACCUCAGCAGCCUCCACGAGGACAGCACGUCGCUGUCGGGCCUGGGCGACAGCACGGAGCCGUCCCUCUCGUCCAUGUACGGGGAUGCUGAGGACUCGUCUUCGGACCCCGAGUCGCUCACUGAAGCCCCACGAGCUCCCGCCAGGGACAGCUGGUCCCGUCCUCGUCUCUGUCCUCGUCCUCGUGGGGCUUCUCACAAGGGAGACACGACGGAGUCUGAGGAGGAGCAGGUUGAAAUCUGGGCCACGGAUGGCGCCCCCGAUCCACCCGCGGCCACCGCUCUUGUUCCUGCCCAGGGGCCCGCCUGCCCUGCCUUCGCCAAAGCCCUGCCACCGAAGCACGGAGCCCUAAGCCAGGCGGCGGGGGACGCCGGCGACGCCGCCGCCCCCGCGCCGGGAGCCUUGGGCCCAGCGGCCCCGGGCCCUCCACGGCUGCCUCUUCUCUCGGACGCGAGCUCUCAGGAGCCGGAGACGCCCGAGGAUGCACGGGCUGCCGAGGACCCCGGGCCUCCGGGCAGAGAGAACCCCGGGGAAGCCGCCCGGCCUCCGCCCGGCCCCAGGCCUGUCCCCGGCCGCCCGGGCACCCCCAGCUCUCCUAACGUGGUGAAUGGUUUGGAGCACGACUGGCUGGAUGACACGACCCCGCCUGAAGCACAGGAAACAAAUGUUCGCGCCGCUGGACACCGGGGCGCCUUCAGGGCGUGCGUCCCCGAGAACAGAGACCUGGCUCUGGCAAAGCUGCACAUCUCCGAAGUUCAAGACCCGGACGACUUGCUGCCAAAGCCGAAACCCAUCUCCAGGCGGCCCAUCAUGGCCUGGUUUAAAGAGAUAAAUAAAAGCAACCAAGGGACGCAUCCGCAGAGCAAAAGUGAAACGGAACAACCCACGAUGCCGGCCAGAAGGCCCGACCCCAAGGAUCAGGCGCUGAGCUCCAGCCACAAGAAGGGGGUGGCUGUACGGGAUAGCCCCCCUCCUCGGCUGAGCCUUGAGAAUAAAGACCUGCCUAAGAAAAGUUCCAUGGAAACCCUUCUGAGUACCUGUCAGAAACCCAAAGCCGGUCCUAAGCUGAAGAGACUGAGCAUCAAAAGCAAAAGCAAAGUCAGCUCCGAGGCCCCAGCCACUGACCCCGGGAAGGCCGGGGGGACAGAGCACCGGAAAGCCCUUGUCUCACCCCAGGCCUCCCACAAAAUGCUUUCUAAGGUGGCAUCACACCGGUUCCACACAGGUGAGCAUGAGGAACCGGACAGAAGUGCCGCGGCCGCCCCCCAGCCUCCCCAGUGCGUGGAGGGCAAGCUGCCCCAGGGGACCCCAGGCUCCCUGACGCCCUCGGCAUCCGACACCAGCCUCAGGAUGUUCGUUUCGCCCUUGACCUCCCCCAAGACCCUUCCUGAGCAAGGUGCAUGCAGUAGGCUCCACCCGGCUGUGCACUCAGAACCUGACCGUGGCUGCCCGGCUGCCCCCAGAUCUCCGAAGUGUGGUCCAGAGAGCAAGGCUCCCCCUGCGUCCCCUGGGCUGGUGAGUCCCAUGGCACCAAGGAGUGGCGCGUCCACAGCGGCCGGCAAGCGGGAGGUCCCCCCUACCGGGCAGGGCGAGCAGCCCCCGUCCAGCCAAACGGACUCAGCAGCCGAAGCCUCCCAGGCCGGAGGGACUGGCGACAAAAGAAGCAAAGUAAUUGCUGGUGAGCCCCUCGAAAGGACCAACCAGCUGAAAAUCAUUGAGAUCUCUUCUGAAAGGACGCCGCAGGAUGCGUAUGGUGACAAGCCAGCUGAAAGUGACAGACAGGGAGGGUUCCUGGCCCAGAGCAAGUGUCAGGAGAAGAGUGAAUUCAGGCUCUGUCACCAGUCAGUGGAAUCAUCCCCGAAUCACCCAUCCUCACUCACGUCUCGGGCCUCCCAGGUGGAGCAGGAAGCGCAGCAACCUGUCAGCAGGGCGAAACAGACUUCCUCCUCCUCCUCCUCCCCGCAGCUGCCGGCUAAAAGGGCGGAUCCCUGCCAGGGAACGUCAGACCAGAAGGCGGACUCCCUGGGGAUGCCCAGGGACGGCACAACAGUGGGCCCCGCGCUGGGUGACCAUCCCUACUUCACGCCAAGGCCGGCAACCAGGACCUACUCCAUGCCGGCCCAGUUCUCCAGCCAUUUCGGCCGGGAGGGUCAUGCCCUACACAGCCCAGGGCGCGCCCCCCGGGACAGCCAGAUCCCUGCCACCAGUGGGGGCCUCCUCGAGGCCAAGGCGUCCAGAGGCAGUGUUCUCAGCCUGGUUAAUGGACAGGGCGUGUAUAGCGUAAAGCCCCUGCUGGAGACUUCGAGGAACCUUCCAGCAACAGACGAAGGGGAUGUCCUAUCAGUGCAGGAAACAAGCUGCCUACUCACAGACAAAAUCAAAGUCACCAGGAGGUAUUACUACUCUGAGCAGAACUGGCCCCAUGAAUCUACCUCGUUUUUCUCUGUGAAGCAGAGGAUCAAGUCUUUUGAGAACCUGGCCAAUUCUGACCGGCCCACGGCCAAGUCCGGGGCCUCCCCGUUUCUGUCGGUAAGCUCCAAGCCUCCCAUUGCGAGGCGGUCUUCAGGCAGCGUGGCUUCCGGGAACCUCGGCCACUCCAGUGACCCAGCGGCAAGGUCGCUGAGACGCAGCCUGAGUUCCUGCAGUGAAAGCCAAGGUGAAGGCAGCACCCACAUCCCCCCGAUGACCAAGUCCCCGUCCAGCAUGACUCUGACAGCCUCCCGGCAGAGCCCGGUGGAGGCUGGUAACAAGGGUGCUGACUCAGACCCGAAGCGAUCGCUUGGUCCUUCGGGACUCCCCACCCCAACGGUGGCCCCGGCCUCUCCCGCCAAGAGAAACAAGUCCUCGGUGCGUCACACCCAGGCCUCAGCUUUGUCCCGCUCGAAGCUCCAGGAGCUGAGAGCCCUGAGCAUGCCUGACCUCGACAAGCUCUGCAGCGACGACUUCUCGGCUGGGCCGACUGCCGUGCUCUUCAAAACCGAGCUGGAAAUCGUCCCCCGGAGGUCACUUGGCUCCCCUGCUGGAGGCCUCCACGGUUCCACUGCCCUUUCAUGGCCCGUGAAGGGGGCGGACAGGGCCUGUCCAGGGGGAAGCAGCCCUAAAGCCACUGAGCCUGGGGCACCCAGCUCAGCCCACGAUGUGGGUGAGACCACCCACGAUCUGCCUUCCGGAAAAAGUUGGUCAGUUAAUUUGCAUCAACUCCUGGUCUCAGCGGGGGAUCAGCAAAGACUGCAGUCUGUUUUGUCAUCAGCGGGGUCAAAAUCUACCGUCCUAGCUCUCAUUCAGGAAGCGAAAGCACAAUCAGAGAAUAAAGAAGAUAUUUACUUCAUAGUCUUGAAUAAAAAAGAAGGCUCAGGUCUGGGAUUCAGUGUGGCAGGAGGGACAGAUGUGGAGCCAAAAUCAAUUGUGAUCCACAGGGUGUUUUCUCAGGGGGCAGCUUCUCAGGAAGGGGCCGUGAGCCGAGGGGAUUUCCUUCUGUCAGUCAACGGCGCCUCAUUGGCUGGCUUAGCCCACGGGGAUGUCCUGAAGGUUCUGCACCAGGCACAGCUGUACAAAGACGUCCUCGUGGUCAUCAGGAAAGGGAGUGAUCGGCCCAGGCCCUCCAUCAGGCAGGAGCCUCCCAUGGCCAAUGGGAAGGGCUCGCUGUCCAGAAAGACCAGCCCCCUGGAGCCUGGAACAGGGAGAAGCACGGGUGCACACGAGGCCCUGUGUGUUGAAGUGCUGAAGACCUCGGCUGGGCUGGGACUGAGUCUGGAUGGAGGGAAAUCGUCUAUGUCUGGAGAUGGGCCCCUGUUCAUUAAAAGAGUGUACAAAGGUGGUGCAGCUGAGCAAGCUGGAACAAUAGAAGCUGGAGAUGAAAUUCUUGCCAUUAAUGGGAAAUCCCUGGUUGGGCUCAUGCACUUCGAUGCCUGGAAUAUUAUGAAGUCUGUCCCGGAGGGACCUGUGCAGUUAGUAAUUAGAAAGCACAGGAAUUCUUCAUGCAACAAGCACUGGUAGUGACACUAAUUGCGCUUGUUACAUUUUUUAUUAAUCAGAAUCUCCUUUUCUCAGUUCCCUUCUUUCUUUAGCACAUCAGAAUGGCUUCUUUAAACAAUGGGUUCCUGAAACAACACAGAAGCACUGGUGUGGCAAGGACGAUAAAACAAACAACUCUCCAGUUUUUUACUUACACAUGAAGCAGCAGCAAUGGAGCUGAACUCAGAAACCUUCUGCCUGGAUCACCGAGGCCAGGAGGGUUCAUUCCGUUCCAGUGCCUGUCCCCUGACACCUUCUAUGUUUCCUGAUGGGGACACAAGAUGCGGCGUGCCCUUCCUCACUUGAAACAUUUAGUGAGACCUCCGCAUCCUUCUAGCCACCUCUCCCAACACACUCAAUCCUGGCAACUAGGGAGCUAACGAAGUCUGAGGGGCAACACAAGUGUCACAACUAAAAAGGACUAUAGUUUUGUAUAAUUUUGUAAGUAAGUAAGUAAAUGACAAUGCUUUUAGGCACAGUCAGUGGAAGGAGCUGUAGGGUCUGUAUGUUAUCCUGAAAAGAAUAUGAGACUUGAAAAAAGAAAAUCAAUUAUGACCUAAUGGUUAGGCUGAGCUCAGGAAUUAUCCAAAAGUGAAAAAGCAAAAUACAGAAAGUGGUAUUUUUAGUGAGUGUAAUGUGCAACGUAUGGCUGCAGAGUUUAACUAACUCGGUGGUUAUCGGUCACCGUGAUGCGUUGAUCCCGAUCUAAAAGUGCGCGCGUCAUAAAAGGCAAUUUUACGGGAACGCAGUUCUGAUAAACUGUACUAAAUAGCUGUGCACUUUGCUGCUUAGAACGAGGAGAAAGUUCCAGCUCUGAAAGCACCUUGCACCUCGUUUGGAACUUGUCUUGAAUAAAUAUUUGAAUUCAAGACUGGUCAACAAAAGAGCAGGCAAAAAUAUCAUUGUCACUGAGUUUCCAUUUCUAUAUUUUAUAGAUCCAACCACUCAUUUAAAGUUUUAGAAAUCAAUUAUCUUUUUAGUGUCCUUGGAUGUAUAAUCCAAACAGAGGAACUUAAAAUAAUCCUUUUAGGGGACUUUCUUUUGUUUGGCUGAUUUUUUUUCCCCCUUUCUCUUCUCAACAAGCUUAAGAAAUGUAACAUUUCUAAGCACUGGAUCUAUUUUCCUGACCUGGGUGUAAUGGCAUAGCUCUGCAGUGACUGAAGUUUUUGCUCUUUUUGUUUUCCCGUUUUGCAAAUUCUUCCUUUUGCCAAAAAUGUUUCCCAGCAGAACACUGUUGUGACUCACGCCUGCUUGUGACACUUGUCCCAGCUGCCCUCCUUCUGAAGCACAAGCUUCUUCUUAGUAACUGUUCCCGUUCCACGUGCUGUUCCUCGUCACAAAACUGGCUCUUCUCCCUCGUACUGUACCUUCUUAAAACCCAAAUCCUCAUCAGCUUCAUUUACCAAAACAAUAAGAAGGUGGAAAACAAGGGUGCGUCAGUCUUUCAAGGUAAAGGAGCAGAACUGCGUGGUUACAAGGCACAUCCUCGGUGGUGCAGGCCAGCCGAGUCCUGGGAAUACGGGUGAGGUUGCAUACCUGCGUGCAUGGUGACGCUAAGGUUCUACGUCGGCGAUUUCUUUAACCUAUUUCUGAGUGACUAAUCCCAGUAAACCUCUGUGGCGUUGGCCCAGAGAGGUUCUCAGAUGGGAGUGAAAUAUCUGGCUGGUGUGAGCCGAGAUUUCUCAUUUUUAAACAGGUUAUACAAAAGAGAAUGUAGUUCAGGAGUUAGUUAGCUAGAAAGACCUGAUUAAUUUAGCUUCUACUUUUCACUACUACAGUUCCAAGUAGGAUACUAUAGGAAGUCAGUGCAAGGUGCAUGCUAGAGUGUUUUUAAGUCUCUGGGGUCAGCUUUGUGGCUUCUGCUUUCUUGCCUAAAUGAUGAGUGACUCUUUGAAGUCAACACUGAAAACGAUUUUUUGCCUCCACUCUUCCAGCUGUGCCUACAUAGAAAUGCACAGUCCUGUGUGACAGACAGGAGUUUCUGAAGCAGCGGAAUGGUCUCCUUCUAAGAGUUCCCAAUCCUCUUAUCUGAAGGUGCAAGGGUAGCCCCUCUGGUCACUGAACUAUAUUCAAGUCAUCAGCCAUUUCCAGUGGACCUUGCCAGAAGGGUUCCCUUGGAAUUCGACAAUUGGAAUUGAAGGGAGGAAGCAAAAGCUAAACUUUGACCCUAAGAUAGAAAGCUAUUUAUUUGUCGUCAGUGUUCAAGGCAUGACUAGUAUUUCUAAUUACUCUAAUAAAUUCCCAAACUUCCUGACAUGAACACUAAUGGUAUUGUCCUACUAAAACUUCCAUUGUUUUGGUUUUUUAACUGGUCCGUCAUCCACAAUAAGCUAUGGUGGUAACUGUGUUAUAACAUGUAAAUCGUAGUUGCAAGGAUAUAAUACCGUGAAGGUUGAAGUAGGCUGGGUUUCAUUUCUAUCGUCCCAUACACAGCUCAUUUAAUUUUAGGGUUGACUUUUAGUUGGCACCACACCUGUUGUAUGAUAUUAUACAUUAUCCUUUAUUUAUGUAAAAUAAAAUGCCUUAUAUAUUAUUAAAGAGUAAGUGCAAUAAUAUGAAAUAGCCUGUACAUUUUUAAAAUGUUGUCGCCAAGUUAUGUAAAUCCACGUCUCUAUAAACAACCUUUUUUAAGUAAUUUUAAAAAAAUAAACACUGUUUACUACUUGUUUUUUUGUUUGUUUAGUUCUGCAUCUAAACCAUCUGCUAAGAAACCAUCAAGCUAAGAAAUGGUGAUUACCUAAAUGGGUGAGAGGGACAAAGGCAAAAGAAGUCAAGUCAACCACUCUUCUUCCAUGGCCACACCCAGGAUCUGACACAAUCCAAACCCAUUCCACCUCUGAGAUCUUAAAAUCAAACAUCUCAUGCCUUUACAACCUCCUGACCUUCUGGAGCUUACUCCCCUUCCUCCUGGUUCUGCUUCUUCAAUUUCAACAGGCCCUCCAAUCCCUAGGCAACUGGCAAUUUUCUCCGCUUCAGAAGCCCCACCCGUGUUUCCUUCCCUUCUCUGUUUAUUUAGACUAGACCCCACGGUAGAGGACAACAAUUGCCCUCCAGCCCAUAGGCGCACAGCUCCCUCGCCCCAUCUAAUCCAGGAUCCUUCCAACCAGCCAGCCUCUUGGUGCCUACAUGCCUAUUCCUAAAGAAAAAUCUCACAACUCCACAUAGUGAUGUGCUAUAAAUUCAUGGCCUCCGAUCUCAACUGGACUCUGGAUGCUACUUGGCAAUUGUUUCCUUGUCAGUUGUUUUCUCUCAUUCUUCACAAUGAAUACAUUCUUCAUUUUUCCUAAAAUCCCUACCCGUUCACCACUCCCUC